AUGGGAAAACACGCUCCUUCCCCCCUUCUCCUUUGUUUCUUUUCUCGUCUUCCGCUCCGUUUUCUCCUCGUGAUGCUUCUUUCUGUUUCAGCUCUUCAUUGCAGAGACUCAUUAUCAUUACCAAAUGUGGUGUUCUUUCAUAAACAACAAUUAAAAAGAAACCCACCGUCCAUCGUGUUUUAGAAUUAUAUCUCCAAUGAAUUUAUGCAAAAGACCACGCACGUUCAAAGCACGUGGCUUCAAACUAGUGUCAAAACAAAAGGAAUCGUCUUCAUUCCUUGAAAAUUGAUUCAAAAUUUGAACAUACAUUGCCACAUUUAAGUUUAUCGAUCUACAAAUUUAUACACUCAGAACUACUAGCCCUUGAAAAUUCAUUCAAAGAGGAAACUGGAGAGAAGAAGCGAAAUGGAUAUGAAAGCCUCUCCGACUUUAUCUUCUGAAAUCUGGGCUCGAAUCGAACUUUCUGAGAGCUACCUAGUUUGCUCGAUGUAUGAGGAAGCAGCAUCAUUAGCUUCCUCUAUUCUGAAGGAGCUUUGCAAAAGAACAAGUGAUAUGCCAGAAUUUAUGGAAUCACUCUCAGAUGUUGAAUUCCAUGACAUUUUGGAAUCCACUGCUAUGGUUCUCCUCCAGUCUCUUCACCAGCUCCACAGGGCAUCGGAAAUCCUAAAUGAGCUCAAACAAUCAUUUCCUUCGGUUGCAGCCAUCCCUGUUCAAGUUCUUCUUACCGGGGUGUGUUUUCAGAUACCAGAAAAUUCUUCUGGUGUUCGAGAAUUUCUUGAAGAGUUUCUUAGCAAGUGGAGAUUAGCGAACGAAAGUUACUAUGUCCUUGCCGGCACAGAAGCCAACAUUGAUAAUGUAGAAGUAUGUGAUGAGCGUUUUGUUUUGGGAGUCGAUAAGUAUCUUGAUGUUGUUGAGGUCUAUGUUAUGAAGCUUCUCCUAACCACUCCACAUGAUGUGAAUCUCGCAAUAACCUGGGUUGAGAAAGCCGAAUUGCCAGAGGAAAAACAGCAGGGACUUCUGAGAAGAUUACACUCCCUUCAUUCCGUAAAAGCCACGAACUCGUCACGAGGGUACUCUUCGCCUUUGUCGGUUGAAAACCACAAAAUCCACUCUUCCAACGUAGAAAAGCUAAAUAUGUCUGACGGAUCUCCGGAAGUGUUGGACAAUGGCAAUUACCCUCUAAACAGAGAGAAGAGCAGAAAACAAACAGUUUUAAGGCUGUCCAAACGGGUGGAACCAUGUUUUUGGUGGAUCCGCACCAUCAAUUUGAAGUUUGGUAAUGCUCAGGUAGUCAUAUCAAAGGGGAAGAUUGCUCUUGGCUUUAUGAUCUUGCUCGCAUAUUGGAUUUCACGACGGAAACGAGCUAGUCUAAAAGGGAUUGUUCAGAAUCAAGCUUUGUUCAUAAAAAAGGCAGUAGUGGACUUGUGGCAACUUGCGUUUUCAUAUCAAGUGAACCCUUUAGCUGCUGUUCAAUCUCCACCAGCUCCGUCGCGUGGAGGCCAACGAUGAGGUGUCCAGUACGGGCUCAUACAUCUAUUAUAGAACAAACGUACAACAAUAAUUCAUUGCAGAAGCCUUGCAAUGAAACUUCCGUCGUUCUAGCCAGAAAAGAAAAGUUUAUUCUUCUCCAGAUUAAACUUAACAAUGCUAUGAAGGUGUAGCGCAUCGGUUCAAGUUCUUGUAUAAUGGAUAAUGGGUUUGUUUGAUUCAUGGAGUUAAAAGGGAGAUGGGGAUCUACACUUUGUGUGCAUUAAAACGAGAAGUACAAUAAUAAAAGCUCUCCUAUAUAGUUCUUUUUUUUU